AUGGAGGCGGCGCAGGCGGGAUCGGAGAUGGAGAAGGGGAGCUCGCGUUCCUCGAUCGCCGCCGUCUGCAGCUUCUGGAAAGGCAAGCGUAUAAUGGAAAAUCUAGCUCUGGGAUCUUCGUUGCUUCCUUGGCUCGAAUUGGUAUUUUUGCGGUUUUCUUCUGAAGCGGAUCUGGGGGAGAAUUUUUUUAUUUUUUUGUGUGACUGGGGACGAACAUUUGGAACUGAUGAAGAUAUUCAUUGAACCAGAUGAGCGUUUUAAAGACGGAAGUUCUGUUAGGGAGUGUACCAUUUAACUCUCAGAAAAUUGCAACUACUCUAGAUUGUGACUUGUGGAAUUAGUUUUUUUGAGAAUCUAAUUCAAAUUUUGUCAAAUUUUCCUAAGUACUAUGCCUCGUAUCAGUGGAUCGAUACUUGCACGCACGUGGUAGCUGGGUUAGUAGUCAUAUGGGCUUCCCCUUUGAGUGAGUGGGAUUUGAUGAUCAUAUAAGAGUUUCUUCAGUCGUUGACAAUAACUACUCUAAUAUUUGAUUUUCAUGUAAUUAUUUUUAUUUUUAUUUUUUAAAUUGAUACAAUCAUCGUUUAGAUAUGAGAGGAUCUCAAGGAUCACAUGAUUGGCUAAAUAAAUUAAAAUAAAUUAAAUGAAAGACGUUGGAAGUGCUAGUGUGUCAUUUCCAUAAAGAGACAAUUCUUUGGGUUUUUUUAAGCCAAUUAUUGAAUGUCCAAAAGCAUUAAUCUUCUCUUAAAAACUUAUAUAUCAAGAGAAAUUUCGUCAUUGACCACGAGGUAUCAGAUCUGAAGGGUGCUUUUGAGGAAUUUUCAAUAUAGGCGGAUGCAUGAUAGCGGGGAUAAAAAGAAAGGGAUUGAAAGUAGUAAAUUGGCUAAUCAAUCUUCAAUCUUCUUGUAUCGUACUGGAGUCUGAGAAACAUUUAUCACAUCUCAGUGUUUAUUUUUCUCGUUUUUUUCUUUUUUUUGGGUAAAACCAAGAUGCAGAAUCGCUUUUCUACUCGUCAUUCUCAUUUUUUGCAUAUUGAAUACCUGAAUGUUGAUUUUUGCUUGGUAUCUUUUGUCAAAAAAAAAUCAUUUUCCACCAGGUGGACAGUGCAAGAUAAACAUGGAUGUGUUGCUUAAACAUCUUUCUGGAACUGCGUAGAGUGAUCAAAUUUUAUAAGUAGGAUUGUCGAGAAUGUUUUUUCGUGUGGAAGAUGUUCUCAAGUUCUAUUCUCAGUUAGGAUACAAAUAAUGGUUUCCUUUCCAUAGCCAGUGAUCCUCUGAUUUCAAAGACUUAUGGAAUUUUGGCUGAAGAGUUUCUUGCGAUGUAAUUAUUAUCUCUGGGCCUAUUUUUGUUCAAGAUCUGUUCCGCAGAAACAAUAGUUAAAAUUAUCCUCGAAACACUCCGAUUAUUUUGCUUCUUUGUGGUUCAGGUUCAAUCCUUAUCAAUAAAAUAUGAUGUCUGCUGUAAUCUAUUAGAGCAUGAAAGAGAAUUAGAAACAAUGUCUUCUAUCAACUGAGCUCAAUUCUUGAGUUGACUAACCCGGCAGUCUACUUGAUUGCAAUUGAGUAUUGGCUGAUUGUGUAUUUGAGACAUUCUUAGCAAGUAAGAAUAAUUUAUUGCAAUGCUGCCUGGGGAAGUAUCAUCUAAAAGUCCUAGAUUGAAAUAAAGAUAAUAGCUUAACCAUGGACCUUCUUUGUAGAGGCAUGACCCAAAAAGCAUCAAUAUUCUCAUAAAAAAAGGGUUCAGGAAAAACAGUAAACUGUGAAUAGGAUCUUUGACGCUAUGAAGUAAUUUUUUAUAUGUUGAAUGUAACACAUCACGUUGUUAUUUUUUUAACCAGAGGGAGAUAUUAAAUCAAGAAGUGUUGUAUUGUGUUUGAUUAACCGAUUAGAAAAGGGAGUUAUCCAUCUAAUAGUUUCAGCGUUUGGGUGUUAGGGAAGAUAAGCCUUUCUUUUAAUUAUUCAAUGCCUUUAAAAUUAACAAUAUAACCAAAAAGUUACCAUGGUCGAAAAACAACUAAUAGUGGUAAAAUAGUUCUAUGGUAACUUGAAAAACUGCACCUAAGGGUCAUUUUCUGGUAGAGGAACAGUUUAAAGUUUCCUAGUGUCUGGUUCAGGGUGUUUUCUGAAGAAUACAUGAAAUGUAGGUUACAUCUCUAGAAGAUGACGAUGGGUAAACCUGACAAUCUCUGUUGGUUACUGAUGGUUUUGAGAGCAGCAGCUCGGCCCUUAUUCCUGCAAGAAAAACUUCAGGCAUUGUGAUAAUGUUUUAUCCUUUGUCCGCUCAAUUUAUCCUAUACUUUUCAUGGUUCAUUGGUCCUUUGGAUCAUUUGUGUACACCAAAAUUGUGGAGGUUUUCUUGAUGACUCAGGAACUAUAGUAUGAUAAUAUAGAACUUUUGGCGAGUUUCUGGAGCUGCUUAUUUUCUGGGCAUGAAAAAAAUGCAUUUUGAAAUGAUUAGAUUGGAAAUUUCCUAUUCAUUUGUUUUGCUUAUCUGCUUACGAUGUUCAUGAGAGGGAGAUGCUGGUGGUACUUUCUUGAUUGUAUUUUUAUCUUGUAGGACCAGGGCCUUAAUCUAUGUUGGACUUUUUAGAGGGUUUUGACCUUGAUCGACUCUUGAUAAGGAAACAUAGUAUAUAUAAUAGAAACAGUCCUCUGUAAAAAAAGUGAUCAGAGAACCAAAGGUUAUGAUUCUUUGCAAAAUUAGAGGAAAUUGUUUUUUGAAAGUGACUUGUGGCGUUCAUUUUGAAAUUGCUUUUCCACUUGUGAACAAAAUUUGACACCAUGCCUGGUGCUGUGGGAAAAUGAUCUGCGCACCCAUUAGACAUUACAGCAGGUUACUUUUUUCUUACCUGACGCUAUAUAACGGUUUACUAGUGAAGGUUCGGACAUUCAGCGGCUGUUCUUGCUCUAGUAUUCGUGAAUUCUUAAUGUUGAGCUGAAAGCUUCGUAUUUGAUGUGUUCUAUUCGUACAUCUCAAUAUUUAGAAAAUAAGAAGUAUCAUUAGUCAUAAAUGCCAUUCCAGUAAACUCACCUUAACAUUUUUUCAUGAUGCGUACAGAUUUUGAUUUGGAAAGGGAAAGGAGCGGUUUGGAUGAACAUGGGCUUAAAAUAGCUGAAAAUCAGGAGAAUAGUCAGAAAAACAGACGGAAGCUGGCAGAAACCACUCGGGGUAUAUUUAAUUCUCUAUUGUUGAAGACUUUUCAGUGACAUGCAUGUUUUAUAGGAUAAAAUGGCCUAGGUUCAUUAACAUUGUUCUAAGUAGUGUGUAGAUAACUGUUACUCGAAUUGGAGAUUUAUCCACCACUUUGUUUGUCAUUUGGAUGCAGAUUUUAAAAAAGCGUCCACUGAUGAGAAGUUAAAUUCAUUCAACACCUUGAUCAAAGCUUUUCAAGAAGAAGUUGACAAUCUUACAAAGAGGGCAAAGUUUGGAGAAAAUGCUUUUCUUAAUAUCUACCAGAAGCUUUAUGAAGCCCCUGAUCCCUAUCCAGCACUUUCAUCUGCUUCUGUGAGGACAAUUUCUGCAUCUUAUUUACAUCCUGUUUGAAUGUAAAGCUCAAAAAUUCGAUUUAUAGUUUUGAGAGCCAUGGAUCAAGAUACAUGUCUCAAGGGUAUUUGACCAGAUUAAUUUUUGUUUGUUUUUCGGCUAUAUUUUCUCAUGAAAGUCUUCAGGGAGGGAGGAAGGGGUCCUGUAAUAAGGUGGAUUCAUUUCUCUCAGCAUCUUUUUUCGAAGUAUCAUUCCCAAAUCAGGUGGAUUUACUGAAUCCUGUAAAUAACCACUCGAGGAUCUCAGAAACAAAGCAUUGCUUUCAUCUGAAUUGCUACUUUCAUUUGAUGCUGUUGCUCCAUUCGUAUCAUCAAUCUUGUUGUGUGGUCCUUUGAGUUCUCCAUUUUCAAAUCAGUAACAAAUCAGCUGUCCUUGUCAGAAUUGACUAUCCCUGUUUUUACCUGCAUAUUCAGAUUGAUAUCUCUGAAUUUAUACUUAUCCAUGGAUGGCGACUUGGUUGUGACGGUAGUUGAUUUCAUGCAUAUAGGAUCAAGAGCUGAAAAUCUCCGAAUUAGAAUCUGAGAACAGAAAAAUGAAGCACGAGCUUGAAGAGUUCAGAACUGAGGCUACUCAUUUGAAAAAUCAGCAAGCCACAAUAAGACGUCUUGAGGAGCGUAAUCGCCAGUUAGAACAACAGGUUAGUACCUAUGAAUGAAAAAAAAUGUGAAUAAUAGUGUGCAUUUCUUGUUUUCUACAUUAUUUAUGGGCAUUGCAAGUUCAGAGGUGUGGUAAUUAUCUUUCAAAAAUAAUUGUGGAUCGUGUGCAAUGUUGCACAUAUAGCUAGAAUGACUUAAAGCUUGGUGCGGUGCCAUUGUUUGAAAUCAUCAGAUUUAUCUCUGUUCGUCAAUGUCCAUAAUUUGUACUAAAUUUAAGGGAUAACUCUCAUCGUGUAUACAUGUUGUUUCUUGUUAUAUUUUCAUUUGUUACUUCCUUGGAGUCUCAUAUUUGGUCCGUUGAGUUGUGAAUAGCUUUAUUUCAGAUAUACUAACCUGCUAAGUAGGAUACUAUUAACUACCAAUGUUUGUUUAACACUUACUGAAUUGCAAUUGGGUUCCAGAUGGAGGAGAAAGUGAGAGAAAUUGUUGAGAUGAAACAGCGUAGUCUUGCUGAGGAAAAUCAGAAAACACUUGAGGUUUUAAAAGAAAGGUAUUUCAUUUCUUGUGUUGUGGGAUACUGGCAGACUGUAUUUCUUGGAGUGCAGGUUACAGGUUUUAUGUAUCUGGAGAUCUAGUUUAAACAGAUGUACAUUUGUGCGCUUUUUUUUUCUUUGGUGGUUUUUUGAUUUAAUGUGCGGGGAUUUCUUUCUUUAUUUGUUUUAUGACCACGGUCUAUUAGAUACUGAUGAUAUUUAUUAUGAUUUGUGCUUAUAAUGGAUGUAGAGAACUUUUGUUGCAAGAUCAACUUAGACAAGCCAAAGAUAGUGUUGUCACCAUGCAGAAAUUGCAAGAGUUUGCCCAGAGCCAGAUGUUUGAACUGCGUGCUCAGUCAGGUAUUUGAGUCCCCUGUAUGAACGUACUUUUAUGUUCGUUCAGACAUGAAUUAAUGUAAAAAAAAAGGCACUCAAAAAUUGUCAUUUUAGGGACUUAUACCAUUUGUGAUUGGCUGAGUCCAUGAAACUUGAUUAUCUCACAUUUGAGCCUUGGCGCACAUUAGGAUCAACUGAAAUGAAUAGUCAAAGACUUUAACGGGAACCAUAGUAUUAGAAUGAUUUUGGAAACAACUAGAUAUGAGUUGGAUUCAAAUCAAUCCGAGCCUUAUGCAUCACAGCCAAGUUGGUACAAUUUGGUUAGAUUGUUCAAUUUUUCUGACCUCAAUUAAUAAUGACUUUGCCAGCAAUGAUUUUAUUGUAUUAAGAGUAUAUUUGAUACGUUUUAGAGGAGGAGAGGGCUGCGAAGCAAUCUGAAGUCAAUCUUCUUAUGGAUGAAGUUGAAAGGGCUCAAACAAGAUUGGUCUCUCUUGAACGUGAGAAGGUAUUAUCGAUCCUUUUAUCAAUGACAUUCUCAGAAGCUUGCCUUUUAGUAUGUAUGCUUUGUGUUGCCUUCACGACCGUUUUAACUUUAGGGAUGCAUCUGAACGCGCAUUUCAUCAAAUUAUGCCCAAUCUUUGAGAAUUUAGAGUGGAUUGGUAAUAAAUUCUUGAAUGUUAUGAUAUGCCGACUAGGAAAGAAAAAUGUGUUUAUAAUUAUCUGCCAAUCUUAAUAUUGCAUUGUGGAUAGCUGGGCUCAGAUGACCUGUUAGGGUGGCUGAAGGGCUAAUUUUUUGUCUAACAUUGCAUUGACUGAAAUAAAUCCUUUUCUGGUUGCCGAUAUUGUGCUGAUUUCUCAUAAAGAGUAACCGUUGUAUCUUUUUGUUGUUCAGACCAUGGCUUUCAGGAAAGUGUGUUUGUGACAUAAAGAUUCAUCAUAAUGCGGAAUGUAUUUGCUUAUUAAGCUACAUCCGUUGUGAACUGCUAAUCCUGUGGUCCUUACUUUUUUUCUUCAGAAAAGAUAUCUUUACGUCAAAAUGAACUUUACAUGCAGGGUCUGCUGCGCUCACAGUUGCAGUCAGCGACUGAGGAUAAUGGGAAUAAGAUUAGGUAAGUUUGAUUGUGUUGAUAAAUGUCUCUACCAGACUUAUGUGCAAUGAGUAACUAUGUACUGAGCCGUUGACUGUAAUUAUUUAUGAACUUGAACUUGAUGGGGUGCCUUUUAAUUCUUCAAUUUUUCUCUCUAUGUACUUGAUGCCUCACCACUUGAACUUAAGUUACUUGAGCAACCAGACAUACUGGAUUGAUCAAGCUGGAGAAAUUACAAAAGAAAAAUUCCAACCCAUUGCCUUCUUAUAACAUUUGAAUUUGCUCUUAUCGUCAUUGUCAACAACAAACUUUGGGGACCACCGUUGAUUUAACAUGGAUUAAACUUGAGAAAUUAUGCAGAUGAAGGAAUUCGCUGACCUCUGUAAGAUAAAAGAGAAGGUUUUUGAGGAGUCCGUGAAAACUUUACUACCUGUAUUAUCAGAAGUUACUCUUAUAUGACAAGCAGAACGGCUGGAUUUUGUGGAGAAGUCAGAGGGAACAACUUUUCUGCAUCUUAGUUGACGACAUGCUUAUUAUUCCCAGCCACUGUGGCAUAUUUUCCAAAUGGAAUCAUGUCUAUUUCUUGGCUAGGGUCUGGAAGCUGGGUGACAGGCAGAGUCAGCUAACAUUUUUUUGUAGGACAAUGCAGGGAAGUCUUGGAUUCCUUUCCACUAUUUUCUCCUUCCAAAAUGGAAAAAAAGGUUCCAGCAGUGAAAUAUGUAGCUAUUCUCGUGUGUGCUCUUAUUAAAUUAUAUUCUUCUUUGCUGAAAAUCUGUUUCAAUCAUUUAUCUUAUUCGGCAAUCCUUGCAUACAAUGACAAGUUUAUCUCUUAAUGGGGGGAUGACGAUUUUGUCAGCUGGGGUAGCGUGUAGGGUCAGUGCAUGAUUGAACAAGUAUCAUGAUACAUGUUGUAGGGUUGUAAUAUUAUGGUUUCUAUCCGGUAUUAGGAAGAAGUCUUUAAUGCUGGCCAGGAUGGAAAGGUAAACUUCUCUUCUGCAAAGGAAGCUAGUAUUAUAUGAAGUUGUUCUAUGGCGUCAAUGAGGGAAAAUUUUCAAGCCAAUUUUUGAACAAGAGAGAAUGAGAAACUUGUUGUAGAGUAGCUCAUACGGCUGUCUUUCUACUUUUGGUUGACUAAUUUCUUGCAACCAAUGUGAGGAAGAGGAAGACACAAAUCAUAUGCUCGUUGGAUACCAUCAACUAGAUGCCACAAAGAACCAAUCAUUUAAAAGACACUCAUCCUGGAAUAAAUAGUAAAAACAUGAUCUGUAAAUGGUAGAGCUCGAGGAGGCAGGCCUUUCAACACAGCAAGCAUUAGUUGAAACCACUACUUUGAAGGCAUCUCUGCGACAAGGUGGGGAAGAUUUGUAAGAUGUUGAUCAUAUAGGAAAAUAGCUCAACAAGAGAAUUGCUUUAGCGCCUCCAUUCCUGCGAUGGGUGGCCCAUUUAGAUUUUUUAGUCUCUGGCUGAAAACCCUAGUGCAACAUGAACAGCCAUUCCACAUGCCGUGCUUGGCUUCACAUGAAGAUUCGAUGGUCCUAUUCUGACAAGAAAGCGAUUCAUCUUGCACAUUUGGGAUGUGUCAAAUUGUUUUUUGCAUGCGAGCUGUUGUCUUUUAAUUGUUUAAAAAAAUGAUAGAAGAAUCUUUCUAGGAUGUGUUAAAAUUUUGGUCUCUCAUGGUUUUUUUUGUAUGAAUAUUGAUAAUGAUUUGCUUGUAAUCACGGGCACUACAUGUCCAUCUUUUAUGUUACCCAUUUCUAAAGUGCUAACUAUUGUUCUUUGCAUAUUUGCUGCAUCUUGUUCUUUUGAACGUUAUCUUAUCUACACUGUAAAAUUUUAGAAAAAGGCCAGUGCAGAAAAAUGACAACUGCCUUAGGGCCCAAGUGACCAACAUUAGCUUGGGCUGUAGAGUGGUCUGUAGUUAUCCAUUUGGGAACUUCUAACCACCCUUCAACCCAUGGAGGCACAAAACAUAACUAGUAUAUAUGACUUCAGUUUUGGGAGAAUAGUUAUUUGGUUUCAUACAUUCUUUAAAAGCGCACCAGGUGCAACAAAUAUGCAAAACGUGCCCUCGAGUUUGCAAAUAAAAUCAUACAGGCACAUGUAUGUGGUAUUAUGGAAAUUCAAGUGAUUAUGGUUUCACUGUGGAUCUACACGGUUCAUAGUGAUGCAACUUGUCUUUUAUAAAGGCUAUUGGAGCUUCAUGUUUUCCCUCACUGUUCAUUCCUGGAAAAGAGUGUACCUAACUUAUUUCUUAAGACAUAACGUUAAUCAUUUGGAAUGAUAGGAUUCCUUUUUGCCACUUUUCUUUAAGUUAUUAUUCCCUUCUUGCAUGGCAGUGAUUACUUGGAUUCGAGUCAGAUCCUGGAGAGUACUUUGAAUGCAAAGGAGAAGAUAAUAUCUGAGUUGAGCAUGGAGCUUCAUCAGAUCGAAUCGACCUUGUCAAAUGAACGGGAGAAGCACAUAAGUGAGAUCAAAAAGUUGAAUUCAGUACUCAUUGAGAAGGUACUAUGAUACUCCCUUUUUAUACCUUCUAUUGUUAUAGAUUAUAUGGUGAGUUAAUUGCUAAAGCUAUAUUUCAAAUCUUCUAAUCCGGCCUUAGGGUUACGACACCUCCACCGUGAGAACAACAGAAAGAUAUGAGCAGGAAAAAGCAAUUUUCAUUUCUAGUCUUGCUGUACUUUAGUACAGAAAAUAUGGUCCCAACAAGACCCAAUGGAUCCAUAUCGGAUCUCAUAGGGACAUAAUAGAAAUAAAGGAAAGCAAAAACACAAAACAAAAGUAGGACGAGGUCUAAUGAAUGUUGACACUAUAUAUAUGAUAAACUUGGUGUGCUUGAUGUUAAAACCAGUUUUCUUGACCUUGGUUCCUCUAUUCAUAGUUUUUUCUAUCUGGUACUAGAUACAAUAUCCUUUGUUGUAAUAUAGGUAAAUCAUCUUUUUCCAAAGCGGACAGUAUUCCAUAUUCGCUAAGAUCAAGAAAAAAUAAAUGAAUAUACAGGUAUGCGAAGCCAUUGGAUUAUCUGGAUAGAAUUUGAAAAUUUCUAAAUCCUGCAAGGCAAACUGAUUUGAAAUGAAGGAUUUAUCUAUGUCUCGUUAUAACUCUUUAUGCAUGAUUUUAUGUGGCAAUUAGUACUUUUCUUAUGUGAGUUGCCAUCUGAUUUUUUAAGAAGGCCUUUUUGGGUGGAUCAGUUAAUGACAUUUGGGCCAAAUCAUGUAUCUCCACUCUUUUCCUAUCAGAUUUUUUUUCCCAUGAACUGAAACCAUUCUGCUGGGAUUGAUUCCAGGGAAAUGUUAAAACUUGAUUGAGCUUAUAGACCGUAUCUUCUUGGUUGGAUCCUAAUUUUCUAUUUCACAUCAUUAAAGGGUGUUUCUCUGCCACUGUCAAAAAUAGUGGUAGUUUCAAAGUUGGAAAAUAAAAUCUGGUGGUAUGUUCAUAUUUACAGGUGAGCUUUUGUCUAUGUGCAUUUUUUGGGCAAGUCAACUAGCUCUCUUGCUUAACAAGAUCGUGUGUCAAAUUUCUUUUGGUUGAUCAAAUUUGAAAUUACUCAGGUUCAUUUAAAUGGCUUUAAAAUGACUGCCUUUUGCCUUUACGAUUUCAGAUACGACCUCUUAUAACCUUAUGUGAGGGAGAAUCAAUGAGGGAUGUGGUGGUUGAACAAGCUAAAGGCAUAUGAGAUAUUGGAUCAUGGGAAACUGAUGGACGUGAUGCGUGGAGAACAUGGUGGUUAGUAGAUGUGGCAAAAAAAUAAGAUUAGUCUAGCAUUCUAUUUGAGGAAAGCAUAAAUGCCACUGAGGAGAUUGUCGAUGCAUUUUAGAAACAGUCUCAACUGCAGAUUGUCAGCUUGCAUUAGGGGGCGGGGUCAUGACUUUUAUCUGAAAUAUUAUAAAAUAUUGAUGUUUGGUGAUUUGAGCUCAGUUGGGAAAAAUGGGGUAAGAGAUAGGUUAGUUAUCAUUGUUUACUGUUGGGGUGUGGGGGGACAGAGACAAAGGGAGUGCGAAAUUAUUGGCGUGAGGACACUUUCUUUUUCUGUGUUCCUGCUUCUAUCAUGAUUAAGGAACAAGCUAGAAGGAUUGGGCUUUUGCAUUUUUUAUUUUUAUGUUUUCUGCACGCUUCUAAUUUUUUUUUUGCUACAGGAUACUUUAAUUGAAGACCUAAGGAAAGAAAUACAUGAAAGGCCAACGGCAAAACUUGUCGAAGAUCUUCGUAAGAAAGUGAAAAUUUUACAGGUAUGUGUGUCAAAUAUUCUACAGUCAAUAGGGCAAUGUCAUUCUGUUGUACCUCUUUGCUCUUUAACUGCCGUGCCAAAUUUCUAACAUACUAGAUGACCCGUUUUCUGGUGAAAACCAUAUCUUUGAUUCCCUUGAUCUUGUAGAAUGCAGAAUAAACGUAGUUGAAUAAAGGCUUCAGGGAACUAGAAUUCAAGGAAAUGACAAGUAUAUUAUGAUCUCUCUUGCAUUGACAUUGAUAUCCAGGUUAUUUCGUAGAGCUUUGCUUGGUGUAUGGAGAAGCCACACCUAAGGUUAUAAAAUGAAAGAGAAACAUUCGCAGAUGGCACUUUGAAUGAAAAAGUUACGCACAGAACAGGGCAGACGUGUAGAUAUAUGCAAAAUGUCAUGAUUCUACCCUCACAAACGAUGCUUUUUGCAUAUAUAUAUAUAUAUUUAUGGACACCCAUGUGUCCACAUUCCUCUCUCUCUCUCUCUCUCUCUCUCUCUUCUUCCCUCUCAUGGUAGCCUGUAUGAGUAUAUGGUACCUCAUAUGAGUACAUCAAUCACUAGAUUGGGCUACAUAUAGGAGCAUCACAGAUUAUGACUGUAAGAGUUUUAAAGGUGAGAUUAAGGCUUAUUGUUCCUAGAAAUCUCCAUUCAAGUCUAUUUGAACAGGAAUGAACUUGAAGGUGGCAUGCUGUGACCUGCUGAAUGGUGGCAUUUUGUGCAUCCUUCAUUAUAGUUGUUCUUGAUUCAACAUGUUGAAUAACCAUCAUCUAUCUUCCAACUGUCACUAUCUAUUUGGUGAAAAUUCAAGGGUAUAAAAAGUUGAUAAAAGUUGAUCAAUGCUUCAAAGGUAAAAUUAUGGCUGCCAGUUUGACCCAACUAUUAUCCAAAAUAGACUUGGUCAAGAAAACGUCAAUUGUAUAAUCAUGACCAGUUAAUGGAGCAAGUUUUGUUUUGGGUCGAGACUCAAUGUGGUCUAAAAUUUGGAUUGAUAUCCUGAUAAUCUGUAAAUGUUAUUGGCACUUUUGUGUGCGUGUGAUCCUUUAUUCCUAAGUAUCUGAUUAUGAGGUGUUGAAAGUGCUACACUUUUACAAGCUCAUCUGUAUGGGCAUCAUUACUUGGAAUUUGGCACUUGAUUACAAUCAUAGUUGUGAAGGUGACCAAUGCGUUCAAGGCAGUGGGCUAAAUUUUCCUUAGCCUAGUUUCACUAAAGAUUAUAAAUGACCUUAAUGUAUCUCAUUGCAUACUUUGUUAAUUUCACUUGAAACUAAUUCUAUCCCAUGACAUCGAUGAACAUUUCGUGCUCACGAAAAUUGGAAAAUAAAAACAUUUUCACUUGUGAAGCACAUUCAAGCACAUCAUCUCGGUGAUCAUCAUAGUUAUUAUUUGACUAGUUUUCGCAAUACAAGUUGACAUUUUUUUUUUACUAACAGAAUAAUUAUUGAUUCAUCAAAACUUCAUAGCACAGCUUUCGGGUCCUUAGUUUUGUUUUAUAGUAUCUCUAUGAUCGGAUUUCUUGAUCUCAAUAAAGCUGGAUAAUGGAGUUGGACACAGUUCAUCGCCCUAAAGAUGAGAUGAGACCAAGUGUGGAAUUAAUAUUUGAGCUUUGGCUUAUUUCUAAUAAUAUAUUUGAUAUGAUAUUAAUCGCCAUCCCUUGUUUUCAUGAGUCUUUACAUGGCUAAGAAACGUGUUUUAUGUUUUAAUAAGUUUGGGGAGUUAUGUUAAUUUUUGUUUUCGAAAAAGUUUCUUGUAAGAGGAUUAAGGAGACAAACAAGAUCAGUGUAGUUCUGAAUCACUUGGGCAAGAAGCACCUCUGGGUUCCUUGUGGUUUACUAAGUCUUAAGUGUAGUAUAUGGUUGCCUAAAAAAAGGCCUCAAGUUAUCACUACAGCUUCUACUCAUCCUUCUGCAUCAUCGAAGUGAAUAUUUUGCCUUCAAUGCUUUCGAUCUAAAGAUUUUUUCUAUCCAGUUCCUAAGUUAUACUCUUGGUUUUUUUUGUUCUGUUCUCCUUGUAUUCACAUGUAAAGUGUUCUUUUGAUUUCUUGUGUUCCCUUUCUCGUUUAAUUUAGGAUAUUCACUAAACUUAGGAUUAUGUCCACAGGCAGUUGGAUACAACUCGAUUGAGGCUGAAGAUUGGGAGCUAGCUACCAGUGGUGAAGAAAUGAGCAAGUUAGAGUCUUUGCUGCUUGACAAGAACAGAAAAAUGGAGCAUGAACUGACACAAUUGAAGGUCUGAAAUGAGAUUAUGAACACUAAUGAUCUAUGGUUAUUAUUUUAUUCUCUGUAGGUUAGUAUAUGCAGAUGCCAAAAUGAAGCCUAUUUGAUAGAGUGCCUAUUUCUGCAUGCGAGUAUCGUACUUCGAACAGGAAAAUUCGCCAUUGCAAGAAUAAGUAUCUGGAAUAUGUAAAUGUAUUGUGCUGAAAGCUUAGCAGUUGUUAUGAUGCUAUUCAUCUUUAUUAGGAAAAUAGUUACCUUUUCUAUGUCUUGCAUUGGUGCUGGAAUUCCAUGAACUGAAACUUUCUUUUUAUCAAUUGUUCCUUAAUCUUACUUUAAAGGUUAAACUUUCGGAGAAAGAAAGUCUGUUGGCAGCAGCUGAGACAAAUAUCGCAGAGUUGAAUGCGAAGGUGCAUGAACAACAAAAAUUGAUAACAAAGCUUGAAGAUGAUAUUCUCAAGGUUCGUUCCUUUGAUUUCUUGCUUCAAGUUUCAUUCAAGUGAUGUUUGUUCAAUACUUUGGACCAUUCUGGAUUAUGUUAGUGGAUGCUUUAAUUACCUGAGAUAACACGCCAAUGCUAACUUGCUGUGUGACAUAUGGAAUUGUUUUGAGGAGAGGAUGCAAGAACUGGUAUAUUAGUUGGCUUGUUAUCUCGGUCUCUCCAUGCGUAAGUUCAAUGUAUGCAUGUGGAGGAUGUCAUACUUGGAAGACAAGAACGGUUAUAUUGCUUCAAAAUGUGGCCUCGACUAGAUGUGCCUAUCUAUCUUUGAAGUGUACUUUGAUACAACUAGUCUGUCCAUAACAGAAAUUCACACAUCAAAUGAAAAAGGUGGUAAAGUCCUUGGAAGAUGUGGGAAAGAAUGCUAUUUCAAAAUGUGAACUAAACUAAAUGAACCUCUUUGGUGCCCCUCCUUCCUGACAAGAAUGACCCGAUCAUUAUUUUGUUUGUUUUACAUAUACCAGUUUUUUCCCCGUAGAGACGCAAUCAACUACGCAUAUAUUAAUAAUCAUCAAAUGUUGUUGUCUGAUACUUCAGAAAAUGCUAUACACCAACUGCAUUUUUUUAUAAAACUUGGUUACAAGGAAGCUGGAAAGAAUUUUUUUCUUAGGUGUUAGUAUAAUAGGGAUGUAAGGAUAUGGAGAGCUUUUAUAUAACCUUGAUAUAAUAAACUUUGCCAGGUUUAAAGGACUUUAGGAGUAUUCACACAGUUAUCUAAAUGAAUCAGUUAACAUUAUUAGCAAACUUAUUGCAUUUUCCAUUAAGAUGAAAUAGGGUUAAAGUUUAACUUUAAAAUAAAAUUUCUUUAUUCCAUAUCAUUAAUAGAAAAAUGGAGAAAAAUAUGAAUACAUAUUAUAGUACUCGGUCAAAUUUGCUCCGUUCCUCCCCUAGAUUCAUACACGUGUUGAAACAUUCUCUACGCAAGAAACCUACCUAACAGUAUGUUUACAAUUCUUGUCCCAACACCCACGGGAAGAAAACUAAAGAAGUCUGGAAAUCUCUCUGCUUCUAAUUUUCUCCAGCAUGAAGUUUCUCAUCCGUUUAAUGAUUUGAUAUCUCAUUUUAUCGUCCAGAAGUCUGUGUUUUGAGUCACCAGCAUUGAUGGGGUAACAAUUAGCUCCAUCCACAAUCCUUUCCCCCCUCUUUUAUCUAAUCCCCGGUGAAAACUUAGUCUAGUCCUUUGUUCUGUGUUUAUGUUGGUGUUGAUGUGAUCCUCUCAAUAUCCACACUUGUUCUUGGUUAGGCUUAACAAUAAAAUCUAUGUUUUAGACGAGAUCGCACACUCUCUCUUGCACUCACUCUCCAUUUUAAACCACUUAGCUUCGUGAUGAUCUUACUGUAAAUCUCGUUUGAGGUGCCAACAUGCCUCAUUUUUUCUUACAGUCCUCGCCUUUUUGUAUAGGAUAUCAGGAAGGUUUCGUCAGUUAAUCCCAUCUUGACGUGCCUCACUUUUGCAUCAGGGCUUCACUCUGACAGCUGAAAAGGUUGCUUUUUAAUUGAGAAAUGCGGUGAACUAAUUAGUCUUAGCGAGGAAACACGAAAGACAAUAUUAAAUUUAGUUCUCAUUAAAUGAGUCAUUGAACUUUAUCUUUUCUUCGUUCAAUGUGAUUUUACAUGAAUGACUUCAAAUAAAAAAUUCAAUUACUGAACAAUGAGGUCUUUUAAUGAGGAUUUAUUGAAGUUCUUUUAUGAAGGUUUCCAAUGUAAUUUUGUGUUGGACAAUGAGGUCUGCUGUCUUUACAUCAAUGUUUUUUCGCUCCAGAAGUUUGAUACCUAGGUCUUUCAUCAAGUCUUCAUGUAAUUGGCUCUUGCAUCUCCCUUGAUUUUUGUUACACUAUUCCACUCUAUUAUGUAUAUGCAAAGUUUCUUCGUGGAAAUAAUUACCUUGAACAACUUUUAGGAAAUCUUGCAUUCUAUUCCUGGGAGUGUGGGCAGUUGGUUGAGGCAAAAAUUGUAUAUAUUUUUCUCUUUUUUCAGUUGAUGUUUCACACAUAUGAAUAAAGUAUAUGUUCUUGGCAAUUGGUUUUUCUUUUUUCUAUUCAUCAAUAUCUUUUGCAAAUUCAGUUUCUCUAUAUUCUGUGACUGUACCAAUGGUCUCUGCACCGGACAAAGAUUUACUGUUUAUUUUCUUCUGAAAUAGGGUUACAGUUCGGCAGAUCAUAGAGGUGCCAUUCUGCAUGACUGGGAUUUCCAGGAUAUGGGAACAACUGAAGCAGCUGAGGUACUCCUCAUUUCUCAAAGCUAGUUGAUUUUGUUGGAAGUUAUUUCCUUCAGACGUUAGGAAUUUGCAGAAUGCAUUUCAAUAUGCUUUAGUGAGUGAUUUAAUUGAGUAAAGAUUUUUUGAGUAAAACCUAGAUGUUAUCUUCUCUUUCGAAAGUUAUAGAGGUAUUUGAUUUUCUCUUCAUUAUUAAACAAGCAGAAUCUGUCUGUGGCAUGCCUAUUAUGCUGCCUUUAGUUGGUAGUGUGAUAGAUGUCUAUAUCGAUUGUGACAAAGAGCAAGUCAUUGGUAGGCGCAAUAUACUGUUGAAAACUUCAUUGCCAAUGAAUUUAGCUCGAAAUAUAACCUAGAAAAUGAAUGCUCCGAUACUUGAGCUUUUACUGUCCAGCUAUCAACUUGACGGUCAUCCCCAUUGAAAAUGCAAGAACAAGAGUAAAUCAUUACGGGAUCAUCACACCUACAGUUUUAGCACAUCUAUUCUGUAGCCCCAAUGAUCUGUGUAUCGAGUUGAAUGCUGUGCAAGUAUGGUGCUUAUGCUCAUGUGAAUGAACACUUUCCUGGUUGUUGGUAUGGUUUAUGAUGGUUUUUUAUGGGAUCAUGUGUUUGUUUGGUAGAAAUCAUCUUUGGAAAAAAGGGUUAUGGUGAAGGCCAUUUUAGAACUUUCAAUGACUGAUCCUUAGACAUUUCACCUGCUCCGUUAUGAAGGCCAUUUUUUGGAAUGUUUCCUUCAGGCAGAUGCGUGACAUAUAGAAAACCAUCAUUCAUUGGCAGUUUAAGUCAUAUAUUUGGUGAGCAAUAACGAGUGAAUAUGGAUUUUAAUACGUAUCACACAGGAGUAGCUCAAUCCUGGUCAUGUGUUUCCUUGUUUAGUUGACUUGUUCUGACCUAUAAUAAUCUUUGUUCUCCGGUUGUGUCAUAUUAAUGACAUUUCUUCUAAAAAGGGAAAAAGAAAGUCUGACUGAACGUUGUUUGGAGUAUGUAUAUUUUGUCGUAUUAAUAAACUUUCCCUUUCUUAGAGUUAUAUAUAUAUUGUCAGCGCUGUGCUUGUUAUUUUUGUGCUGAUCUAAAGUUCUCACUUAUUCUGACUUGUCUUGAUUUGCUUGAGUCAACGGUGGUGACGCGAGUAUUUUAAAAAAUAUAGUUAUAUGUGGUAAUCACGUAAGUUUUUUUCCCUAGUUUCUCAUUACAUCAUGUGAGACUUGAUCAAUUUCUGAACACGUUAAGUUUUUUGUCGAUCAAUUGUCUUUCUGGUGAUGAUUGACAUGAAUUUCUGAAUCUUUAGUCGACAGCAUUAAAUGUCCCACGAUUUCCUUAUGAGACAUACGAUUUAUUUUCCUUCAAAUCAGAUCGCAGACCAAAAGCAUGCUUCUCUUGAUCAAGAUCAAAGCUCCAUGCUCAAGGUGAUAUGCAGUCAACGUGAUCGGUUCCGAACUCGCCUUCGAGAAACAGAAGAAGUACGUUCACUCGCCAUAUGCCGCCAUGCUAAUAAUGAAACAUCUUCUCAUUCUCCAACUCUCGGAUCGCAAAUUUUCUUGCAAAUUGCUCAUUCUUGGUGGAUCGUUCCUCACUUUUGCUAUAUGUCUUAGGAAGUAAGACAAUUGAAAGAGAAGAUCGGAUCACUCAGUAUUGAACUGGAGAGAACCAAAGCUGAUAAUGUAAAGCUCUAUGGAAAGAUUCGAUAUGUCCAGGACUACAGCCUUGAAAAGUUGGUCUCCAGAGGACCCAAAAAGGUUGGUGCGUUUUCUCAUGCAACUUUUCCUCUGUCUCCUGGUUCACCAUCAUUUUUUCUUCACAUUUUCCUCAGUUCUCUGAAGAUCUUGAAGCCGGGUCUACCUCAGAUUUCGAAUCCAAGUAUAAGAAGAUUUAUGAGGAAGACAUAAAUCCCUUCGCUGCUUUCUCAAAGAAGGUAUGUUCUUGCAUUGCUCACUGCAUCGUCGACUAAACUGAUGCCAUUUAUAGGAUGUAAUAGAUUAUUUAAUCUUUGUCUAUUCACUAUGAUCGGUUAUUGGAACCGUGCAAUCUAUCAGGCUUGCAUACAUUUCACUUCUAGAAUUAUGAUACAUGAAAAAAUGUUGAUUAUUUUUUUUUCAGGAAAUGGGUGGGGUAUCUUGUGUAAGUGUCAUAUGAUAGAUAAUACUAUGCUAUCAAGAGAAACAGGCGCCGGUACUUGAUUCCCAGUUAUUGCAAUAUCGCUCCAAUUUGUCAAAACCUUUUUAGGGUUCCUGCAAUUGAUUCCAUAUAAGGUAUUAAAACCCACGCUUGAGAAACACAGAAGUCAAACAAGAUCAAAUUAAAAGUUUCGUUCUAGUAGUUGUGGUGGUGGUUACUUCACCUACAUUUAUGCUGCAUUGCGUCCUCUAUCUUUUGAAUCUCUUCUGAUUUGUCUGACUUUGUACAGGAAAAGGAUCAGAGGUACAAGGAUCUAGGACUUAGAGAUAAAAUCACACUCAGCAGUGGCCGAUUUCUUCUGGGUAACAAGUAUGCCACCAUCUUUGACUUUUGCAUCCAUCAACCCUUUUGCUAGUCAUCGGAAAUUCCUGUCACUUUUUCUUGUACAAGUCAAAACCUUCCGGAGCAAGUGCCAUUUAUAUUGUUCUUCAUUAGACUAAGAUUAGCUGGAUAUACUGCAUUUACAUAUGUCUUUGUCCUUUCCCUCCGUGAAAACUUUACAGAAAGAAAAAAAUCUAACAACUGUUUAGAAAAACCCAUAAAAACUUGAGAAGAUGCAUUCUGGGCACAAUCUGUAUCAAAUCUUGAAUUAGAAGAUAAUAAUUUUAUUUUAUUUUAUUUUUUAAUUUUUUUAAAGGGUGGAUGCAGACCAUGGCUUUUAGAAUGAGCUAGUCAUAUAUAUAUCUUUUUUAGUAAUAGAAUUAGAUCCCAGUCAAGCAUAUAAGGCACAAAAGUGUUCAUGAGCCUUCUGGCAUCUGUUGGCACUCAGCUUCACGGGAAGAUAAUUUUCCUAUUUUGUAAAGAUGACCAGAUAUCUUCAUCGUUGACUUUACAUGGACUUUUUCUUAAGCAUGGUUGAAAAUUCUUCUUCUGUUCCUUCUUCGCAGAUACGCUCGAACUUUCAUCUUCUUCUACUCGAUCGGGCUGCAUCUCCUCGUGUUUGCCUGCCUUUACCGGAUGUCCGCAUUAAGCUAUCUCAGGUUCAGGAAAGAAAAAAAAAAAGAAAAAUCAUCUGCCCAUCUUUUCAACUCCCGACUGCCCGUUGACUUAUCUCCCCUCUUUCCAUUGGCAGCAAUGAAAACAUGCACCAAGAACACAUUGUACGCGCUGGGUCAUCAUAG